CUGUUACUACUACUACCUAUACUUUUUUUUUUGCUUUUUUUCUCUGUAUUAUUAAGCCUGCUGUCAUACAUAUAAUAACAGUAAUACCACAUAUGCAUACACAUAUACACAUAUACACACACAUUCUCAUGCACACGUACACAAACUAUUUUUAUUAUUUGAAUUGUUACGAUUAUUGUUGAAAUUGUUGUUGUCGUUCUUACUAAAACAGUAACGGCAACUUCUACCACCACUGAAACUACUACUCCUACUAUUACUACUACUUUACUAUUACCGCUACUAUUGUUACUACUACUACUACUAAAAAUACCACCAAUAUCCACUGAUGUUCUUAGGCACAUUCAUCCCACAACAGUUCAUGUUAGCUACCACAAGCAAUAAACACUACAACCGAUACACUACAAACCAAUAACAACAAUAACAACUACUACUACUAGUACUACUACAACUACUACUGCUGCUACAACUACUACUACUACUAUUGAUUCUGUAUUUUUGUGUGUUAUUUUUGUUUAUUUGUUUUAAAUCUCGUUGACUAAACUCUACAUGUUGGACAUGGUAAAAAUGGCGGCAGCCGCAACUUCCGUAUCAACAGCCGCCAUUCCGUUAUCGUUAGUCGGGCCACUGCGGCCCGAGAGCAAACACCACAACCACAGCCACAUCCACAAUCACAUACACAGUCAUAGUCACAACAACAACAACAACAACAGCAGUAGUACCAACAACAACAACAACAAUAUCAGUCACGCUCACAAUCACAGUCAUAAUCAUAACCACAGCGCAGCUCCCUCUAUGGCACGGCCACUUCGUCACAACACCAACAACAUUAAAAGCAACAGCAACAACACUAGCAACAACAAAAAUAGUAAUUCCAAUACCACUAGCAACAAUAACAUCAGAUCGUUUAGCAUCAGUAGUAUGUUGGGUGAGAGCAUUGCUGAAGGAAAUUCACUACCGUCUUCACAACCGAUUAUAGUAGCUGCCGCUGCCGCCGCCGCCGCGGGCGUCUCCAACAGGACCACCACGUCUACGCCGCCGCCUCUCCUUUUACCUUCUGCAAAUGGGAGUGCAUUAAUAACAGCAACUGCAACUGGCAUGCCGCCUUUAUUGCAUCUACCUUCGCAACAACAACAACAACAGCAUCAUCACCAUCAACACCACCAACAUCAACUUCACCAACAGCAGCAGCAGCAGCAUCACGUGCUUCGCCAACCGCCGAACCAUCAUCAUUCACUGCUCCAUCACAUACAACAACAGCAGCAACAACAACAACAACACAACAACACCAUCGGCGCCGUCACCAUCAUACGACGACAGCGCCGAGGCCCAACACAAACAACAACAACAACAACGGCAACGGCACAACUGCAUCGCCACCGCCGCCCCCUCUGCUGCCUCUCCCUUCUCCCCCUCAUCCUCUCACUGCACCUCGUUACACGCCUUCCUCUUCUCCUUCUUCCUCUCCCGCUUCUUCUCCUUCUCCUCCUUCGUCGGUGCGUCUUUUAGCAUCGCAACAACAACAACAACAGCAACAACACCAACAUAUUCAAAGCCUUCCGCAUCAUCACCAUCACCUGAACCACAGCAACAAGAUCAACCCGCACCCGCACCCCCACCAUCUUCCCCAACUGCAUCACCGUCAGCAGCAAAUG